AUGUUGAGGAAGAGAUACGCUAAUGAUAAUGCAGCGUUUGCUGCGAUGUUUCCCGUCUUGGCAAAGUAUUUAAAGGGCGAUGAACUCGUCAAGAUUCUGGUUGGAGGACUAACGCUGGAUAAAACGAGAGAUAACGCUACUAAAGUGCUUAACGGACAAGCAGAGAAACUGAUCAAAUCUUGGGUAGACGAUGGCAAAGAUGAGGCAUACAUAUCAUUCGUCGAAACAAAGCAAGACAAGCCCAGUAGAGAAUGA